AGAAAAGACAAACAAAAGUUGUCCACUUUCAUGCUACGAUUGCUCCUUCGAAAGAAACAAUCCACACCUCAGUCAUUGUGUGCGUAUUGGUGAUGAAAUAGUGAGAAAUGAGGAACCUGUCUCAGGAUGUUGAGUGUAUGAAGAACACCAUAAACAAUCGCAAGGAUACGAAGAAUAGGGAGGGUUUCUUUGAGCUAUCGUUGCCAUUAUUUUUUUCAUUUUGGUGUCUUGUGUUCCUGCUUUAUUCUGCUUUUGGUCUAACUCGUGGGAACCACCAUGGUGUUCAAAUUGGAAAUUGUGCAGGCGAGAUGCAAUCCUACAAUGAGAGUGCAUGUCAUUCAAUUGGGUUAGAAAGUAAUUCUUCAAAUUUCUUUUCCCCUUUAGCAAAAGAUGGAGGGUCGGGUUGUAAAAAUGAAUUAUUGCACUUAGAUGUCAAUGUAACCAUGAUUAUCAAAGAAUCGACCUCAGACAAUUCAAGUAGUGAAUCUUCACUUCAGGGGACAAGUGGAGUAGAUGAUGUUAUAUCAAGUGUCUUGGGUUACACUGCAUUAAUGUGCGAACUAGGAGGACCUCAUGAUGGGAACAUACCGGAAAAUCCUCCAAGUGGUAGAAGUCAGUUAACCGAUCCUGAUCUUGAUGAGUUGAGAAACAUCACAAAGCAAGCAAUGGGGUGGGACACACCAAACCCACUAGGUGACAAUAUUACACACAGGCUUGAGCCUGAUGGAACGCCAUACAACUAUGCCUCGUCAUCCAAGGGUGCUAAAGUCGUGGCUCAUAAUAAGGAAGCAAAGGGGGCAAACAAUGUCUUAGGGAAGGACCAUGAUAAAUAUCUAAGAAACCCUUGUUCCGUUAGUGGUAAAUUUGUUGUCAUUGAACUUGCACAUGAAACUUUGGUCGACGUUAUAAAAAUCGCCAACUUUGAGCACUACUCAUCCAAUUUCAAGGAGUUUGAGUUAUUAGGCAGUUUGACAUACCCAAGUGAGGCAUGGGAACCAUUAGGUACUUUUGUCGCUGAAAAUGUUAAGCAUUUACAAUGCUUUAAGCUUCCUCAACCGAAGUGGGUUAGGUACUUGAAAUUGAAUUUACGUAGCCAUUAUGGGUCUGAAUUUUACUGCACGAUCAGCGUUGUGGAGGUGUACGGUGUAGAUGCAAUAGAACAGAUGCUGGAAGAUCUGAUUGUCGCUUCAGGAGAGCCUUCGACAAAUAAAUUGCAUGAUCCCAAUUCGACCACAUUACCUUCUUUAACAAUGGAACCGGGGUCCACCAAACAAAAAAGUAAAGAUGAUGUACGUCAUGUGAUUGAGUCUCCAAAUAAGGGAGUAGAACAUGCAGAUGAAGGGAAAAUGCCUAAAGUGGAAGUGUUAAAGAAGACCUUGACUGUGAACACUGUUCCCGAUCCUGGAAAGGUUAGGCAAUCACUGAAUAGCAGAAUCCAUGGCGAUGUUGUUCUCAAGAUAUUGUUGCAAAAGGUGAGAUUACUUGAGCUGAACUUAUCUGUGUUGGAGGAGUACAUAAAAAAACUGAACAAGAGACAAGGGGAGUUUGUGCCUCAGCUUGAUAGAGAGAUGUCUCAGCAUUCAAUGAUACUAGAGAAAAACCAACUGGAGAUCAAAACUCUAUUGGACUGGAAAGAGAUCAUGGAAAAAGGAGUAAAUGAAAUCGAGACAUGGAAAACCUCUAUUUCAACUCAAGUGGAUUUAUUGUUAAAGGAAAAUGGCAUGUUAAGAUCAGAUGUAGAAAAGGUUGUUAAUGAUCAAGCGAGCUUUGAAAAGAAAGAGAUUGCCGUGCUUACAGUGAGCUUCUCUUUUGCCUGUAUUGCUCUUUUUAAGAUUUUUUCGGAGAUGCUCUUGACAUUGUUCAGAUCACCUAUGCCUGAAAACAUUUUAAGGACAGGCCGAGGUUGGAUUUUGAUACUUGUUAGCAGCAGUAUGACUAUAUUCAUUACACUGUUAUAGAACAUAUAUUCAAACUAUCCUCCUUGUAAACCAGAUGUAACAUAGAGUUAGAGCUAGGAAUCAUUAUCAUCAUAAAAAAAUAUCAUGCUUGAUAUCUUUUUUCUAGAAAGCAUAUUCUCAUAUUUUUUGUUGUGAUACACUAUUGAGUAUUAUCCCUUUAGGUAUAUAUUAUAUGAAUGAUGGCUUUGUUUCCCAAACUUGUUAUGCAAUUUAUGUUACAA